CAAUAAAAAAAAAAAGAUGGAGUUUGAGUUGACACCCAGGCUGGCUGAGACGAUAUUUGAGGGAGAUGGUGGAGGAUACUACAGUUGGUCGAGUUCUAAAUAUCCUGCACUUGGUGAGGCCAAGGUUGGUGCUGGUAAGCUUGUUCUGCACCCACGAGGUUUCGCUCUUCCCCACUAUGCUGAUUCUUCCAAACUCGGUUAUGUUCUUCAAGGCAGUGAUGGAGUAGUGGGAAUGGUGCUCCCCAACACAUCAGAGGAGGUGGUGUUGAAGCUGAAGAAAGGAGAUGUGAUACCAGUGCCAACAGGAUCAGUCUCAUGGUGGUUCAACGGUGGAGAUUCCGAGUUUGCUAUGGUCUUCUUGGGAGAAACAUCAAAGAGUUACAUCUCCGGCGAAUUCACCUACUUCUUUUUGUCUGGAGCUCAAGGAAUCAUGGCAGGAUUCUCCCCUGAGUUUCUUAGCGUAGCGUAUAACACCGACAAAAAUGGCGCAAAUAAGCUCGCAAAAAGCCAAACCGGUGUCCUCAUAAUCAAGCUACAAGAAGGAAAAUGCAUGCCGGAGCCCAACGCAGAAAAAACCGGCAAAUUGGUUUACAACAUCGACGCUGCAUUGCCGGAUCUUCGUGUCAAAAACGGCGGCGCUGUCUCUGCAUUGACGGAAGACAAGUUUCGCUUCCUCGGGCAAGUUGAUAAGCUGAGCGGCAGCCUCGUUAAGCUUGAUGCUGAAGCAAUGCGGUCGCCGUUGUUUGCUGCUGAUUCUGCAGUGCAGCUGAUUUAUGUUGCGAGAGGAAGCGGGCGCGUUCAGAUAGUGGGCAUCAAUGGCAAGCGCGUGCUGGACACGGAAGUGAAGACUGGUCACUUGCUUGUUGUGCCGAGAUUCUUCGUCGUCGCCCAACUUGCUGGCGGAGAUGGACUCGAGUGUUUCUCUAUAAUAACAAACAAGCAGCCUGUCCUGGAAGAGCUUGCUGGCAAGGGAUCGGUGUGGGAGGCAUUUUCCCCGGCGGUAAUAGAAGCCUCCCUGAAUGUAUCUGCAGAGUUUGGGAAAGUUUUCAAGUCAAAAUUGCAAAAGACUACUGUCCUUAUCCCUCCACAAAAUUAAUUGAAUCCUUGCGGAUUAAAAACUAUAUAUGUUUUGAGGUUAUAAAAAUAAAUAAAAGUUCAAUAUUGGUUA